CAAAGUAAGCAAAGCUUGAUAGCAUGACUAUUGGUAAAAGGAAAAAAGAAAGAAAAAAAAUGGGUGUACAUCAAGAUUUGCAGAGGAAACAGAAUUCUUUUUGACUUGGCUUGUGUUUGAUGGUAGAUUAGACCCUAUUUUUUUAAUUAGAAAAGGAAAUUCAGAGAAAUUGAAAUGGCUUUUUUGGUUGCUUUAUAUACUAUUUUUUUUAUUCCUUUCCCUUUCUCUAUAUAGAUCUCCAUCUUAAAUUGACAGACUUUUGUUCAGAAUGGUACGAAACAGGAACUGGCAGAAGGAGGAGAUAAUACUCCUCAGUGAAUUUGUUAAGACGAACCGGCCGAAGCUGUAUGGCAAGGCACAUCAUUGUUCGUCCAGAGUCGAGAAGAGGAAAGAAAAGGCCUGGGUGAAGGCCUCGGCACUAUUGAAUAGCAACGGCUUUGCACGGUCCCCGAAACAGACCAAAAAAAAGUGGAGUGACAUCAGAAUCUGUGCCAACAGAUAUGAGGGCCAGAAAAAAUUGACAGGAGGAGGGCCAAGCGUCAAUUAAAUCCGGUAUACGAGGCGGUGCUGUCGGCCAUAGCGCCGCAAUCCAGGGAGGGCAUCUCCAGCGGGGAGGAAGCUGGCUUCGGAAGCAGUGAUGAGUCGGAGUGCAGUGAAAGUGAAGUAGCUCUGUCUUUGCUUAAAGGGAUGAUGGAGCCUGCAGCUGACAUCGGUUCACCUUCACCAACGACAGCUACAACACCAGCACCAACGACAGCUACAACACCAGCACCAACGACAGCUACAACACCAGCACCAACGACAGCUACAACACCAGCACCAACGACAUCUACAACACCAGCACCAACGACAGCUACAACACCAGCACCAACGACAGCUACAACAACAGCACCAAUGACAGCUACAACACCAGCGACAUCGACAGCUACGAAACCAGCACCAACGACAGCUGCGAAACCAGCACCAACGACAGCUACAACACCAGCAUCUACAUCAACAACUCCAGCAGCAAUAUCCACAACAUCACGUAGGGCGCAGUCAGCUCGAUCUUCGGUAACACCGGUGUCGCAGACUGCAAGUCUUCUGGCUACACAGCUGGAAGUUGACUGUGAGCGACUACAUGUUGAGCAGGAGAACCUGUCGCUCAGAAUGAAGGAAUUCUCCUUGCAAAAAGAGCGUAUGCUAAUGAAAAAAAAAAAUGGAAAUAAUGAAGGAGAUGCUUAUCAUCCUUCGUAAAAUGUCAAAAAAUGAGGCAUAAUUUUAGGUUGUUAAUAGACCCUCAAAUUUGUUUUGGAAUAAUGAUAUACGCAGUUAAUUCACAUUUUUUAAUCUUCAUCAAUAUCUUCAAAGUAAUUUUUUUUCUCCAGAUUCCUUUAAGGCUUUAAUGUUAAAUGAUAAAUGGUAUCCUCUCAACAAGUAGUUGCUCACGUUCCAUUUCAAGCUGUGUAGCCUGAAGACUUGCAGUCUCCAAUGCUGGUGUUAUUGAAGAUCUUGCUGUGUCCUAUGUGAUGCUUUUUUCAAUCUGAUAUUAUAUCUAUAUUAUUCACAUUUUUUAAUCUUCAUCAAUAUCUUCAAAGUAAUUUUUUUUCUCCAGUUUCAUUUAAAGAUACU